CACUGCGUGUCUUAUUGGAGCUCACCGCGCGGUGGCACCGUGCGUCAGCCCCCUCCGCGCGCACCGCUCUCUCCGAUCCGCUGCUCAUACGAUGCUGAAGAUCUUGAGCUCAACGGGCCGGUUCCUGGGCGGCAUUCAGUGAUGACAGUUUGAUCUCUCACGUAUACCGUUUUUCACCCUCGUACACAGCGGAGCUUCACGCACAGCAUGGUUCGUUUGGACCAAACGGCACCGUGGCGCACUAAAACGGGACUUGGAAAGUUACUUAUGCCGAAUGAAGCUUAUUCUGCAUCUGGGCGGACUCAGUGAACGGGAGGUUCUUCACUGCAAAAGACUCGUCUUGGGGAUAACAACAGCAACGCGCCAGGAACAGAGACUAACUUUUGGUUAUUGGACUGAGAUUAACACAGCAUUAUUGAUUAUGAGCGAAUUAUCACCCGUCUAAUCAGAUACUGGAGACCGUUAUCAACAGUUCGUGAACUAGAAGCGUUUGCGCUCUGGAUUGGGAAUAUACUCAUUGAUCAAACAUUUAUUAAGUAAACGAAUGAGAGUAGAGACGGUGGAUGAAUGAAAAAAAAAAAAAGUCUAUUUGAUCAAUGAAAAAUCCGAAUCUCUGUGCACUGGAGUCGUAGACUGUGCGUGCGUAAUUGCGCAAAGUUUUAACCUAAACAAACUCUCACUUGCAACCUAACAAAAUUCAAGGUUAAAAUAUACAUGUAAAGGAUUAGUCUUUUAUUGAGUCGCACAAGACAUCGCUUCACUUGAGCAAAGACGCGUCAGAGACACUCUCGAAAAUUACGCGCACAACUGUGGCUGGACUGUGGAGGAGCAACAUGUACCCGGCGUGCCGGACAACCGCGUUCAGUAUCUCUCCAUCUGCUCCUCUGGCAAUGUUUGGGAAUUCGGGUAAAGCGAGAAAGAGACCCUGUUGGAUUGUAAUAUUGCUGUCGGUGCUCCUACAUCUGGCGUCAGCACAAGAUGAUGUUCCUCCAUACUUUAAAACAGAGCCGGUACCGAGUCAGUUGCACCUGGAAAGGAACCGGUUGGUUCUGACCUGUAUGGCCGAAGGGAGCUGGCCUUUGGAAUUUAAAUGGAUUCACAACGAUACAGAGAUCACACGCUUCUCGCUGGAGUACAGGUAUUUGAUACCGUCUCUGGACAGAUCGCAUGCUGGCUUCUAUCGGUGUAUUGUGAGGAACAGAGUCGGAGCGUUGUUACAGAGGAGAACCGAAGUACAAGUGGCAUAUAUGGGAAGUUUUGAGGAAGGAGAACGAGCUCAAGCCGUAUCCCAAGGAGAAGGAGCUGUUAUACCGGCGCCUCACAUUCGCUGUUUCCCUCAACCACAGGUUACCUGGUUCAGAGACGGACGCAAAAUCCCUCCCAGCAGUCGAAUAGCCAUUACUCUGGACAAUACGCUGGUCAUCCUGUCCACCGUGGCUCCAGAUGCCGGAAGAUACUACGUACAAGCCGUAAAUGACAAGAACGGCGAAAACAAAACAGGCCAGCCCAUAACGCUGUCCGUAGAAAAUGUUGGUGGUCCAGCAGACCCCAUCGCACCCACCAUUGUCAUCCCGCCGAGGAACACCAGCGUCAUCUCCGGCACCUCUGAGGUCACCAUGGAGUGUGUGGCCAAUGCUAGGCCAUUAAUAAAGCUGAGCAUCAGUUGGAAGAAGGACGGCGUUCUGAUGAGGAGUGGACUGAGUGAUUUUAACCGUAGACUGACGGUGUUGAGUCCAGUGGUCAGUGACUCUGGCUUCUACGAGUGUGAAGCUGUCCUCCGUAGCAGCAGCGUUCCCUCUGUCAGCGCUGGAGCGUACCUGCAUGUGCUUGAACCGCCUCAGUUUGUAAAGGAACCAGAGAAACACAUCACAGCUGAGAUGGAGAAAGUGGUGGACAUUCCCUGCCAGGCCAGAGGUGUUCCUCAGCCUGAUAUCGUGUGGUACAAGGACGCAGUACCCAUAAGCCCAGUGAAGACCCCGCGCUACAGAGUGCUGGCAGGGGGUAGUCUCCAGGUUAAUGGCCUUCUGCCUGAUGACACCGGAAUGUUCCAGUGCUUCGCCCGCAACCAGGCUGGAGAGGUGCAGACCAACACCUAUCUCGCUGUUACGAGUAUAGCUCCGAACAUCACAGCAGGACCAUCCGACAGCACUGUGAUUGACGGCAUGUCAGUUAUCCUGCACUGUGAGACCUCAGGAGCGCCCCGUCCUGCCAUCACCUGGCAGAAAGGAGAACGAGUGCUGGCAAGCGGCUCGGUUCAGCUACCGCGGUUCACUCUCCUGGAGUCAGGAAGUUUACUCAUAAGCCCCUCCCACAUAUCGGACGCCGGCACCUACACCUGCAUGGCCAGCAACUCCCGUGGCAUAGACGAGGCCUCGGCUGAUCUCGUGGUCUGGGCACGUACACGCAUCACUAAUCCACCUCAGGAUCAGAGCGUCAUCAAAGGAACAAAAGCCACCAUGACCUGCGGUGUGACGCAUGACCCCAGCGUCUCAGUCAGGUUUGUUUGGGAGAAGGACGGUCAGGUGAUCUUCCCUCUGUCUCUGCCUCGACUGCGACUGGAUGUCAAUGGAACUCUGCACAUCUCUCAGACCUGGUCAGGUGACAUCGGCACAUACACCUGCAGAGUGACAUCAGUGGGCGGCAAUGAUUCCCGCAGCGCACACUUACGCGUGAGGCAGUUGCCUCAUGCCCCUGAGAACCCCACCGCAGCGUUAAGCACCACAGAGAAGAGAGCCAUAAACCUGACGUGGGCCAAACCUUUUGAUGGGAACAGCCCUCUUAUUCGCUACAUUCUGGAAGUGUCUGAAAACAACGCUCCUUGGACGGUCCUGUUGGCCAACAUUGAGCCAGAGUCGACUGCUGUAACGGUCAACGGGUUGAUCCCGGCACGCUCGUACCAGUUCCGCCUGUGUGCCGUCAACGACGUUGGCAAGGGCCAGUUCAGCAAGGAGACUGACCGGGUCUCUCUUCCAGAAGAGCCGCCCAGCGCUCCGCCUCAGAAUGUCAUUGCCAGUGGCCGCACCAACCAGUCCAUCAUGAUUCAGUGGCAGCCACCACCAGAAAGCCACCAAAAUGGCAUCCUGAGAGGGUACAUCAUCCGGUAUCGCCUGACCGGUCUGCCUGUGGAUAUCCAGUAUAAAAAUAUCUCUAACCCUGAUGUCACCAACCUGCUGCUGGAGGAUCUCAUCAUCUGGACUAAUUAUGAAAUUGAGGUGGCGGCCUAUAAUGGAGCUGGACUGGGUGUUUACUGCCAUAAGGUUACAGAGUGGACACUCCAGGGAGUUCCCACCAUCGCUCCAGGCAAUGUGAAAGCAGAGCCCGUCAACUCCACCACUAUACGCUUCACCUGGACAGCCCCGAACCCGCAGUUCAUCAACGGCAUCAACCAGGGCUACAAGCUGUUAGCAUGGGAGCCAGGAAAGGAAGAUGAGAUGACAGUAGUGACAGUUCGACCGAACUUCCAGGACAGCGUGCAUGUAGGUCACAUCACCGGCUUGAAGAAGUUCUCGGAUUACUUCACCUCUGUGCUCUGCUUCACCACACCUGGAGAUGGUCCUCGCAGCCCUCCACGACGCCUGCGCACACAUGAAGACACUCCUGGUGCUGUGGGUCACCUGAGCUUCACUGAGAUUCUAGACACUUCUCUCAAAGUCAGCUGGAGAGAACCCAACGAGAAGAACGGCGUUCUGACUGGGUAUCGUAUAUCAUGGGAGGAGUAUAACCGUACUAACACUCGGGUUACACACUACCUGCCUAAUGUUACUCUGGAAUACAGAGUCACUGGACUGACUGCUCUCACCACGUACACCAUUGAGGUGGCCGGAAUGACCUCCAAGGGUCAGGGUCAGCUGUCGUCUUCAACAAUCUCUUCAGGAGUACCACCAGAGCUUCCCGGGCCUCCCACAAACUUGGCCAUCUCAAACAUCGGCCCUCGAUCAGUAACCUUACAGUUCAAGCCAGGAUAUGACGGCAAGACUUCAAUUUCUCGUUGGCAGGUGGAGGCCCAGGUCGGUAUCAUUGGAGAGAAUGAGGAUUGGGUGAUGGUCCAUCAGCUGGCCAAUGAGCCCGAUGCUCGCUCUCUGGAGGUCUCCGGCCUCAACCCCUACACCUUUUAUAGGUUUCGUAUGCGUCAGGUGAACAUAGUGGGCACCAGUCCACCCAGCCAGCCUUCUAGGAAGAUCCAGACCCUGCAGGCUCCUCCUGAUAUGGCCCCUGCAAAUGUCACCCUGCGGACAGCCAGCGAGACCAGCCUCUGGCUCAGAUGGGUGCCUCUUCCUGAAUGGGAAUACAACGGGAACCCUGAUUCGGUGGGUUACCGUGUGCAGUACAGCAGGACUGGAGCUCAGUCCAAAGCCCUGCUGCACGUCAUCGCAGACCGCCUGGAGAGAGAGUUCACCAUCGAGGAUCUGGAGGAGUGGACGGAGUAUGAGGUCAGAGUUCAAGCCAUCAAUGGCAUUGGAGCAGGACCAUGGAGUCAACCCGUACGCGGAAGAACCCGAGAGUCAGUCCCCUCUUGUGGCCCCACAAAUGUUUCUGCAUUUGCCACUACCUCCAGCAGCAUUCUGGUCCGCUGGUUUGAAGUUCCCGAACCCGAUCGGAAUGGACUUAUCCUGGGCUACAAGGUGGCUUAUAAGGAGAAGGAUUCAGACUCUCCUCUUCAGUUCUGGACGGUGGAAGGAAACGCCAGCCAUAGUGUUCAGCUGACCGGACUGGGGAAGUAUGUUCUGUAUGAGAUCCAGGUGCUAGCCUUCACCCGCAUUGGAGACGGCCGACCCAGCUCUCCUUCAAUCCUGGAGCGAACCCUUGAUGAUGUGCCCGGGCCACCUGUCGUCAUUCUGUUUCCUGAAGUCCGGACCACCUCUGUCAGGCUCAUCUGGCAGCCACCUUCCCAACCCAAUGGGAUCAUCCUGGCCUAUCAGAUCACAUACCGCCUGAACUCCACCAAUAGCAACACAGCCACGUUUGAUGUCUUGAACUCCAGCGCACGGCAGUAUACCGUCACCGGACUGAGGCCGGAAUCCGUGUACGUGUUCCGUAUAAGAGCACAGACACGCAAGGGAUGGGGAGAGGCAGCUGAGGCUUUGGUGGUCACCACGGAGAAAAGAGCUCGGCCCCAGCCCACCAGCCGUCCUACAGUCCCCCAGGAAAACGUACAGGCACGCAGUGUGCUAUUAUCAUGGGAACCCGGCAGCGACGGUUUAUCGCCAGUCCGGUAUUACACGGUUCAGGUCAGAGAGCUGCCCGAGAAGAACUGGACGGUUCAUUCUGCGUCUGUUAGCCAUGAGUCCAGCUCCUACAUCGUAGACAGACUGAAGCCCUUCACCUCCUAUCAGUUCAGAGUGAAGGCCACUAAUGAUAUUGGAGACAGUGACUACAGUGAAGAGAGUGAAGCCAUCACAACACUACAGGAUGCUCCAGACGAAUCUCCCACAAUCCUGACUGUCACGCCACACACCACAACCUCUGUGCUGAUCUGCUGGCAGCCCCCUCCUGAGGAGAAAAUUAACGGGAUCCUGCUGGGCUUCCGAAUCCGAUAUCGGGAGUUGCUUUACGAUCGGCUCCGAAGUUUCAGUGUUCAUACCAUCAGUGGCGCUUCAACCAGCUGGGCAGAACUCACCUCUCCAUAUAGCUUACGGAAUCUCAGCGAGCCGUCCCUCACUCAGUACGAGCUGGACAAUCUUAUGAAACACAAGCGAUAUGAAAUCAGAAUGAGUGUGUACAAUGCUGUUGGUGAGGGACCAACUAGCUCACCACAGGAAGUGUUUGUUGGUGAAGCAGUUCCGACUGCCCCGCCUCAAAAUGUGGUCAUCCAAUCAGCUACUGCCACACAGUUUGAUGUGACGUGGGACCCUCCUCCGCUGGAGACUCAGAAUGGAGACAUUCAGGGUUAUAAGAUUUUCUUUUGGGAAUAUCAACGGAAAAACGAGACAGAGAAACUGCGGACACUCUUCCUGCCAGAGGGAGGGGUGAAGCUGAAGAAUCUAACGGGCUACACCACCUACAUGAUCAGCGUUGCUGCUUUCAACGCAGCCGGCGAUGGGCCACGCAGUCCACCGACCAGAGGAAGAACCCAACAAGCUGCUCCCAGCGCUCCCAGUUUCAUCCAUUUCAGCGAGCUCACUACCACCUCUGUCAACGUGUCGUGGGGCGAGCCUGUCUUCCCUAAUGGUAUCAUCGAGGGUUACAGACUCAUCUACGAGCCCUGCAUGCCUGUUGAUGAGUCCUCAGUGGCCUGUGUCGACUGUCUUCACUCCCCCUCCCCCCCAGGCGUCAGUAAGAUCGUGACGGUGGACGUGAAGGGGAACGCCCCCCUGUGGCUGAAAAUCAAAGACCUGGCGGAUGGCGUCACGUACAACUUCCGCAUUCGUGCCAAAACCUUUACCUAUGGUCCGGAGGUGGAGGCCAACAUCACCACAGGACCUGGAGAAGGAGCCCCGGGCCCUCCCGGUGAGCCCUUCAUCUCUCGAUAUGGCUCCGCCCUCACCAUCCACUGGGCCAAUGGGGAUCCUGGGCGAGCACCCAUCACACGCUAUGUUAUUGAGGCCAGACCCUCAGAUGAAGGCUUGUGGGACAUCUUAAUCAAGGACAUUCCCAAGGAAGUGACAUCAUACACCUUCAACAUGGAUAUCUUGAAACAGGGAGUCAGUUAUGACUUCCGUGUCAUUGGGGUGAAUGACUAUGGGUAUGGCUCUCCAAGCCAACCGUCACCAUCCAUAUCAGCUCAAAAAGUGGCUCCAUUCUAUGAGGAAUGGUGGUUUCUGGUAGUGGUGGCUCUGGUCGGCCUCAUUUUCAUCCUGCUUCUAGUUUUCAUCCUCAUCAUCAGAGGCCAGAGCAAGAAAUACGCCAAGAAAUCUGACUCAAGCAACAAUUCCAACUGCAAUGCACUGGCACAUGGAGAGAUGGUCAGUCUGGACGAGAGCCGCUUCCCCGCCUUGGAGCUUAACAAUCGUCGACUGUCAGUCAAAAAUUCCUUCUGCCGUAAAAAUGGUGUCUAUACCAGGUCACCUCCUCGACCCAGUCCAGGCAGUCUGCACUAUUCCGAUGAGGACGUCAGCACCAAGUACAAUGACCUGAUCCCAGCAGAGAGCAGCAGUCUCACAGAGAAGCCCUCAGAGAUCUCAGAUUCACAGGACAAGACUCGCUGUGCUGAAACUUUCUCAAAAGUAGGAUACAGCCCUCCAGGACAGGAGGCGCUUGUUUUCUCCUUUAAGACUGGGGGCCUCCAUACUCUUCCAACUCAAUGGGGCAGCGACAGCGAAUACGAGGUGGACCCCAACCGGCAGAAGACCCAUUCCUUUGUCAACCACUACAUCAGCGACCCUACCUACUACAACUCCUGGCGCAGGCAGCAGAAGGGGAUCUCCCGAGCGCAGGCCUACAACUACACGGAGUCUGAGUCCGGAGAGCCCGAACACUGCGCCCCUCCGCCACCUCUGCCUCCUCUUCCCCCGUUCCCCCCACAGCUCAGUUCCCCUACGCCCCAAAGCCAGUCCCAGACUGGCAGCCUUUUUAGACCGAAGGGAAGCCGGACUCCCACUCCAUCCCAGCAGAGCUCCAACCCACCCAGUCAGCACGGCACACUUUACCGGCCCCCAAGCAGCUUGGCCCCAGGCUCCCGGGCCCCCAUCGCCGGCUUCUCCUCCUUUGUUUGACAGAAUAAAAAUAUCGGUACAGGAAACACAAAACGAAGGCAGGGGGGAUCUCUUGUUUUCCCAAACGCCAGGUCAAACUCACGUCUAUCGAAGAACAACAACAAACAUCAGCCCUGGUUCUGUUGUGCUUUAUUUGUCAUUGCAAGCUGAUUUUAUUUUUGUAUUCUUUCUUUGAUCACAGUUUGUUUGUUUUUUUUCGUUUAGGUUUUUGUUUUGUUUAUCUGCUUGGGUGUGUUCAGUGUUUCACUUGCAAUGAAAGACAAUCACUUGGAAAGACAUGUAAACGCAUCGGUGAGCUGUAUUUGUUUUGCUUUGGGCUUUUUUGUGCUGCCUUAAAAAAACUGCAUGACUUUUUUGUUCAAACAAUUCUUUUCGUUUGCUUUUUCAUUUUGUUGUUAUUGGUUCUUUUGUUGUAUUGAGUUCCACAAAAGAGUACAACACCAACACUAAGUUUCGAAUGCUGGACAGAAGCACCAACAUGUGAAAAAGAAAAAAAAAAGGCUAUGGAGAAGAUCUCAGCACUUGGACCACCAGCGGAGACUAACAUUAAGAAAAAUGCUAAAUGGUGUUUUUUUACUGUGGUAUUUUUGUUCUUACACAGAUGACAAAGUACUGUGGUGAUUAUGAGAGGUUAAAGUUCAUUUGACUAGAGACUAUGAUCUGAUAAAGACCCGCCUGCACUUAGCACAUGUUUGAGUUGGAAAGUCAGCAUCAUUUAUUGAUGUUACAGGUCAGUUUUCACCAGUGCUCUAAAAAGGCCAAAGGUCAAAUUAAGUGCUUAAUGCUAAUCUGUGUUUUGAAUGUUUUUUUGGUUUUUUUCCAGAUGUGAAAUGUAGAUUGUGUUCAUAAAACCGAGGACUGGAGCACGAGUAUAUUUGUCGUGUGAAACUGAUAGAUAAAAGGCCAAAUAUGUAAGAGUCUGAUUUACUAUGAUAUUAUUAUACUAUUGCUCUGGAUUCAUUCAGAUUCAGAGGAUUCAUGUCAGCAGCGGGUGUGUAUGUGUGUGUACGUGGUGGGCGGGGUCAUUUGUUGCUCCUUUUGAUUUGACUCUAUGAUGUCAUCCUGAGCUUCAGGUUGCACUUCCGCCAUGCAAACGGUAACGUCAGACACAAACCUAAAAUAAACAACAGUGGAUAUGGGAUCUUUGCCAGCAUCUCAGGCGGAGCUGGAUGUCAAACAUACUCAUUAAAGAGUUCCUGUUCACACACACCUCAGAUUUUCACUUUACAUGACUCUGCCAGUGAUGCCAUCUUCGCUGUUCACAUAGAUCAUCUGGCAAGACGUAACGUCGUAGAAGCUGAUGACAUUUUUAAAGAUUGUGCAACCAAGCAAAUGUAUUGUACCUGUGAACUUCGGACCGUGGAUUUUUCACCACUUCGCUUUGACGCGGCUAUUCAAAGUUACUGAAGAUAAAAGAAAAUGGACUAAGGGACCCAACAUGACGCCAGCAGAGAACUAAACGGCACUUGCACAGCUUACUUGUGAGGUUUAAUGAUGUUGUUUGCUUUUUAUUUUCCGUGAAGUGAUUUUACUGUCUGUAUAAACAAGGUCAAUCACAUUGCUCAGUCUGCCUGAACACAGUAUAUUCCUAAAUAAAUUAUGUUUUCUGCAAAA